UGCUGAGCAUCAUAGGGACUGCGAUGUCCAUGACGAUAUGAUCACGAAGACCGGCCCACGCGACAUGCACCUCAUGCGCGUACUAGCAUGCGACUAUGUUCGUGCUCGCCGGCGCGAAAUCAUCGCGGAAGUCGACCGAGAGGUUCGACGCCUCGAAGACCGCAGGAAGGACAUCCAGUCGAGCAGGAAGCAGCUCAUGCGACAACUUGCUACGACGCUGGAGUUCGAUCAACAGGUGUCCGUCAGCUUUGUCGGUCCUCAGCUACAACACGAAGUUUCGUCUACUUUCUCCGAAUCCUGUGGAACGACGGGACAGUGCGUGUUCAUCACGGGCUCGUGGAUGGAAGGUGAAGAGGAGAAGCACGACGGCCUUCGUGUCAUACCCCGAGACAAGUUCAGCGAGGAGACGCUUCAAGAAAUCACAGUAUACUCCUCGAAGUUCCCCUAUUGAUGACGGGAAGGACUGUUCGCUGGCAUAGUGCACUGGAAUAGGCGGGUUGCUUUGCUUCUGGACCCAAUUCUGGCGACUGUACUAUGCGCCCGAACACGAAAGGUCGCCUGGUCACUGCCGCUUGGCCCGGGUUACGAGCACGGGCGCGAUUUUAGCGCUCGACGCGGCGUACGCGCAUACCGCGCACCUUGUCCUCGGCUACCCCGCGGCUUUGUUCCAUCUUAGGCAGGCGCUUUCGCGCAUCUCCCACCCACCUAGCAUCGUUUUGUCUCCGCUUUACAAAUACACGCAUUUUCCCGGUC